AUAUAAGAGUCCCCACGAAAUUAUUCCAGAACUAGGAAGAACAAGAGGCAUUUUAGACCCGGAAAGUUGUUAAACAUUAGAAAAGUAACCGUAAAGAAACAAAUGGUACUCGUCUGCUAUCACUCAAGCGGAAAGGCGGGCUACUAAAUUCAUUCAAAAUUGGAAUCGUCUGCGAAAUAAUAGUGGGAAAGUGUUUACAAGAAGAAAUAAGAACUUCUGCUGGAACAAAACACAAAAAUCUGCAUGUUCCGUGAAACUCUUCAGCAAUUAGAGAUUUGAUUAUUCCACCGGUGAUAUUUGAAACAGAUACGCAAAUUUUGUUAGCUAUCAGAUUGUUUACAAAGCCAUAACCAACAUGGACCGUGCUCUCCUUGUCUGUGUUCUAAAGCUGCUUUUGAUUGGGGUUAUUUCUGCUGCGAAAGUUCAGAGAACAAGCUUCAGGUGGAGUGAGCUGCCAUCACUGAGAAACAGAAACAGUAGAGUGAUACCUUCACGGAACACAUAUUUUAACAGACACGAGAAACGACCAUUUGAUGAGAUCGGCAGUGGAUUGAUUGGCAAAAGACCUUUUGACGAGAUAGGCAGUGGAUUAAUUGGCAAAAGACCUUUUGACGAGAUAGGCAGUGGAUUAAUUGGCAAAAGACCUUUUGACGAGAUAGGAAGUGGAUUAAUUGGCAAAAGACCUUUUGACGAAAUAGGAAGUGGAUUAAUUGGCAAAAGACCUUUUGAUGAAAUAGGAAGUGGAUUGAUAGGUAAAAGACCAUUUGAUGAAAUAGGAAGUGGAUUGAUAGGUAAAAGACCAUUUGAUGAAAUAGGAAGUGGAUUAAUUGGCAAAAGACCUUUUGAUGAGAUAGGAAGUGGAUUAAUUGGCAAAAGACCUUUUGAUGAAAUAGGAAGUGGAUUAAUUGGCAAAAGACCUUUUGAUGAAAUAGGAAGUGGAUUAAUUGGCAAAAGACCUUUUGAUGAAAUAGGAAGUGGAUUAAUUGGCAAAAGACCUUUUGAUGAGAUAGGAAGUGGAUUAAUCGGCAAAAGACCUUUUGAUGAAAUAGGAAGUGGAUUAAUUGGCAAAAGACCUUUUGAUGAAAUAGGAAGUGGAUUAAUUGGCAAAAGACCUUUUGAUGAAAUAGGAAGUGGAUUAAUUGGCAAAAGACCAUUUGAUGAAAUAGGAAGUGGAUUAAUUGGCAAAAGACCAUUUGAUGAAAUAGGAAGUGGAUUGAUAGGUAAAAGACCAUUUGAUGAGAUCGGAGAUGGAUUAAUAGGUAAAAGACCUUUUGAUGAAAUUGGAAGUGGAUUAAUCGGCAAAAGACCAUUUGAUGAAAUUGGAAGUGGAUUGAUAGGUAAAAGACCUUUUGAUGAAAUUGGAAGUGGAUUAAUCGGCAAAAGACCUUUUGAUGAAAUAGGAAGUGGAUUGAUUGGAAAAAGACCUUUUGAUGAAAUAGGAAGUGGAUUGAUAGGUAAAAGGUCCAUUCAUAAGAAUGAAAACAAAGCCAACGUACACAGUACAGCCCCAGAGCACAAUAAAUAAUAGUCGCAGUUCAUAUUAUUUCUGUAUCCAGCUUUUCAUUCAACAAAAGCUGUUCUAUUAUGUUUUUUUUCUUUAGAAAUAACCCAGGAAAUACCCAGAAAAUAUUCAGAAAAUAUGAGAACAUUCGAUUCAUAUUUACUGACAUCAUCGCCUGAACUAUUGCUGCUUUCGAUACAUUUAUACACCGGACCAUAUAUUAGAGAAAAAAGGGCCCUGUCAGUGUUGAUGAAAAAGAUAUAGACACAUGACGAUCUGUUUAUUGUGUACAAAUGAUUGUUAUUUCAGAUUAUUGUUAUUUCAAAUACAUAAGAGAAAAGUGACUAAUGUCCACUAUUAAAUCUAUUUUGUUGAUCCUA